UAUUGCAGGGACGGAGCUUCUGUUUUUCUGUUUGUUCAGGACAUGUCUUCGUUCACAAACGAGCUAAAUUACCUAGGAACUAGCUUAUACAUGGAACAGAGAGUGUAAUAAAGGCUGGCUGCUAAAUAAGUGAUAUUUAACUGAAUGAUGCAUCUGCCUGCUAGUCUGAACUGUGACUGAUUAAGACUGUAUUAGUUAAUUUAGAUAACACACUACCUGUCCUGGAUAACUGGCUGGAUUUAUUCUGCUGUCUGGAUUUGUCUCCAUCGAAGCUGCUCGGUGUUGGAUGUUUCCAUCGACAUGGAGCUUUUUCAGGCAAAGGACCAUUAUAUCCUCCAGAAUGGCGACAAUGCUCUGUGGUGCAGCAGGAAGGAUGGAUCCAUGACUUUAAAACCCGCCACUGACCUGCUGCUCGCUUGGAACCCAGUAUGCUUGGGACUGGUGGAGGGCGUGAUUGGGAAAAUUCAACUUCAUGCUGACUUGCCCUUGGGUCUGAUUGUGAUUCGCCAGAAAGCACUGGUGGGCCUACUGCCAGAAGACCACAAGGUGUAUAAGAUCACCAAGAUAACCGUCAUUCCACUCUCUGAUGAUGAACCACAGGAUCUGGAAUUAGAGCUUUGUAAGAAGCACCACUUUGGAAUCAACAAACCAGAGAAAAUCACACAGUCUCCAGAUGACUCCAAGUUCCUUUUGAAGACUCUGAGUCAAAUCAAGUCGAAUGUUGCUGUUCCUAUCAAGAAGAAGGUCAAAGAGAAUAAAGAAAAGGAGCGACUGGAGAAGAGGCUGCUUGAUGAGCUGUAUAAAAUAUUCAUGGACUCCGAUUCCUUUUACUACAGUCCCACAUACGACCUUACAAAUACUGUCCAGCGACAGGGAGACUCGGACAAGUCUGAUCUGCCAAUGUGGAAACGGGUUGAUGACAGAUUCUUCUGGAACAAAUACAUGAUACAGGACCUGAUCAGCCUUCAGGACCCUCAGGUGGACUUCUGGGUGAUUCCCAUAAUCCAAGGCUUCGUGCAGGUGGAGGAAUUAGUCGUGAACUAUAACGAGACCCCAGAUGAUGAGAAGAGCAGCCCAGAAACGCCCCAGCAGGAGCACAUCUGUGUAGAUGACAUCCAUCCACGCUUCACUGUGGCUCUCAUUUCCAGACGGAGUCGGCACCGCGCUGGUAUGCGCUACAAACGGAGAGGAGUGGACACUGAGGGACACGUGGCUAACUAUGUGGAGACAGAGCAGCUAAUCCAUGUGCAUAAUCACACCCUGUCCUUUGUACAGACACGGGGGUCUGUCCCUGUGUUCUGGAGCCAAGCUGGGUAUCGCUACAAUCCCAGACCUCGUCUAGAGAAAGGAGAGAAAGAAAACAUUCCCUAUUUUUCUAUGCACUUUGAGGAGCAAAUUAAAAUUCAUAAAAAGCAGGUCAUUAUAAAUCUGGUGGACCAAAAUGGGCGUGAGAAGUUGAUUGGUGAUGCGUACCUUAAACAAGUGCUGCUGUACAAUAACCCCAACUUAACCUACGUCUCAUUUGACUUUCAUGAGCACUGUCGAGGCAUGAAGUUUGAGAAUGUCCAGACGCUUACUGAUGCCAUCUCUGACAUCAUAACAGAUAUGCGAUGGUGCUGGGUGGAUCAAGCAGGAGUCAUCUGCACACAAGAUGGCAUUUUCCGAGUCAACUGCAUGGACUGCUUGGAUAGAACCAAUGUAGUUCAAGCUGCUGUCGCCCGAGCAGUGAUGGAAAAGCAGUUGAAGAAACUGGGGGUGAUGCCACCUGAACAACCACUGCCACUCAAAUGUUACAGGAUCUACCAGGUGAUGUGGGCCAACAAUGGGGACACCAUCAGUCGUCAGUAUGCUGGCACAGCUGCUUUAAAGGGGGAUUUCACACGGACAGGAGAGCGGAAGCUUGCAGGAGUGAUGAAAGAUGGCGUGAAUUCAGCGAAUCGCUACUAUCUGAACCGAUUUCGUGAUGCGUACAGACAGGCUGUCAUUGACCUUAUGAUGGGCCUCCCCGUUACCGAGGACCUGUAUUCCAUCUUCAGUAAAGAAAAGGAGCACGAGGAGAAAGAGAAGGAGAGUCAGAGAGGAGCACAGGAACAGGUCAGCCUCCUCCUGCAGACCUACAUGCAGCUUCUACUGCCCGAUGAUGAGAAGUUCCAUGGAGGCUGGGCUCUUAUUGACUGCGACCCUAGUCUCAUUGAUGCGACACACAAAGACGUGGAUGUUCUCCUGCUGUUGUCUAACUGUUCAUACUAUGUUGCUUACUAUGACGAGGAGGCAGAUAAGGUUAAUCAGUACCAGCGGCUUAGUUUAGAAGGUUUAGAGAAGAUCGAAAUAGGCCCAGAGCCCACUCUGUUUGGCAAGCCUAAAUACACCUGUAUGCGACUGCAUUAUCGAAAUGGUGAAACAAGUGGCUAUUUUCACACCCUGAGAGCGGUCACACGGAACCCUGAAGAUGACGGGAAAGACACACUGCAGUGUAUAGCAGAGAUGCUUCGCAUAACCAAACAAGCCAUGGGACCUGACCUGCCAGUCAUUGAGAAAAAACUGGAAAGAAGGCACAGUAAACCUCACGAAGACAUUAUGGGCAUCCAAGGAAAAUCCAACGAGCAAAUCCUGGGCUCAGGGAUAGCUCAAGGCAAAAGUUUUUUCAUGAACAAGUUCUCAUCCUUGAAUCAGAAAGUAAAGCAGACAAAAACGAACGUCAACAUUGGAAACUUCAAGCCGCUCGGCAAACUCGGGACCUUUUCCAAACCAGAAGUUAAAAUGAACUUUCUGAAACCGAACAUGCGGGUGAACCUUUGGAAAUCAGACAGCAGUUUGGAAACGUCUGAUGGCAAUCCAGGCCCUGGAGCCAUUAAAGAUCUCUGUGACAACCGUUCAGAUCUGGAGAUCUCUUCUGAUUCAGAGUCCUGCAACUCCGAUGAGCAUCCAUGCUCAGGCUCUUUAGAAAAUGUUGACUAUGUUCUUCCUAGCUGUGGCAUUGUGGCGUCUGCACCUCGACUAGGCAGCCGCUCCCAGUCCAUUGGAAGCGUUGAGCUUCCUGUGCCGUCAGUUAUUCGCGUCACAGACUGUGAGAGCAUAGUUGGGAAUAGCUUAUCUGUUGGACCAAACACACAAUCCCCUGACACAGCCUCAGAAGCAGAGGAGGCCAUCUUGAUCGAUUUUGGGACACCAAUCGAUGCUUACUGCCAUCAGUUUGUCCAGGACGCCCAAACUCAACCUAUAGAAGUGUUUGAGGAAUGCCCGGUAAUGUCCUGUAAACCAAACCCACAGGUACCUAAAGGGACGACAGAUCCUGCAGAUUCAGGCUCAAAGACAGAGAAGCAGCCGCAACUCCCUCGUCCAUCCCAGCUCAAUGUAGAGCCUUCAGUCCAAGGAGGAAAACUACUUACGGUCCAGCCUCCAGGUUCUGCAGCAUCAUGUAGCUCCCAAAAGAGCCUUGGCUCUAAUUUAGAAGGCAGUUUAGGACCUUCUCCAGCAGACAGUAACGGAGGUCGGGUCGUGUCCCCCUUUGCUAAGAUCAAGAGUUCCAUGGUGCAGGUGGCUAGCAUUACCCAGGCUGGACUCACUCAAGGUAUUAACUUUGCUGUGGCAAAGGUUCAGAAAACUCCAGAACCAGAGGCCGUCAAUGAGACGCAGGAGAAUGAAUUGCGAGCAAUGUUUACACAGUGCCAGACUAGGAUCAUUCAGAUAUAAAUGGGUAUAUAGGCCUUGUACAUAUGCAUUUUAGCAGGGGUGUAACGAUACAAAAUGUCUUGUUGCAGCAGUAAAAUUACUGUAAAAUACGUAAAACUAACCAAACUGAGGUAAUGAAAGUACCUGGUGCUUGUUACACUUCUUUAUUCGCAGUUGUUCUGUCCAGCUAUUGAACCAACUUAAUUUUUUCGUCAUUUUUAUACUGCACCCAGCGCACAUAAAAUAAGACAGCUGAGGUUCUAAAAGUGACUACUGCUUU